AUGUGGAGCCUGGCCCCAGCCAGGCUGGAACAUCUCCCCGAAUUCUCCAGGGCGUACAAAGUAAGGGACUCUGCCCAGUCCUUCCUGACAGUCCACGUCCCUCUCUCCGUGUCCUACAUCUGUGUGACGGCACCGAGGGGCUGGGCUUCCCUGGAGCACCGCACCAAGAUGGAGUUCUCCUUCUUCUACGACACCGUUCUCUGGAGGACAGGGAUCCAGACGGACAGCGUGCUCUCGGCCCGCCUGCAGAUAAUCCCCAUCUACAUCCGCGAGGACGGACGGCUGGUCAGCGAGUUCAGGACGCAGGCCAAGUUCAGAGCGCUGUUUGUCACGGAGCACCACAGCCUGCCAGAUGUCAGGUCCUCUUUGAGAACUCCAGAGCACCUGGGAGGCAUCGAAUUUGACCUGCAGCUGCUGUGGAGUGCUCAGACUUUUGAUUCUCCCUACCAGCUCUGGAGAGCAACCAGCUCCUACAACAGGAAGGAUUACUCUGGAGAAUACACCAUGUUCCUGAUCCCCUGCACGGUGCAGCCCACGCAGCCGUGGGCAGAGCCUGGAGCCAAGCCCCUGCCCUGCACGGCUCACGCUCCCGAGCGGUUUUUGAUCCUGAUCACCUUCCAGCAGACAAGCCGCCCAGUUCCAGUUGUUUACUCCCAGAACGCAAGAGUUUCAGAUCUGUAACGACGAGAAGGUUUUUCUAAUGGACCCCACCAAAUCGGAAAGGUCUCUGGCAGAAAUGGAUUACAAGGGGGGCUUUUUCCAAGGGUAGGAUUUACCUCUCCUCUUCUGCUUGUGCCCAGCGUUUCUGCUUUCACAGCUUCCAUUCCCUGGAGAGGAAAGGGCAAAACCCACAGGUAGCUUUGCCUCUUCUACAGCAAUCAUUGACAUCUUACAGCCCUGUGAAAGAGCAGCGUGCUCUGGCACCGCGUUUUGUCACUCCCACCCACCGAGCCCUUCCCAAACAACCCAAACCCUUCUGAACACGGACACUUGGCUCUAGCAGCGUUUUCCUGCUUGGGAAAUUUCACCUGCCCCUCUUUGUCCCGACCUCCCCAGGGCAGAUCCUGUAGGGGCACGUGCUCUGGCACCCGGAACAAAACCUCAACGCUGCUUACAAGCUGCAGCUGGAGAAGGUCAACCUGUGCACAGGCAGGGAUGGCUACGUGCCCUUCCUCGACCCCACGGGUACCGUCUACAACGAGGGGCCCCGGUACGGCUGCAUCCAGCCCAACAAGUACCUGAAACACCGAUUCCUCCUCCUGGACCAAAACCAGCCAGAAGUGAGGGAUAAGUAUUUCCACGAUGUGCCUUUUGACGCCCACUUUGCUUCCCAGCUGUCCGAGUUCCACUCGGUGAGCAGCAUGCCCGGAGUUGAUGGAUUUACUCUCAAGGUGGACGCUCUCUACAAGGUAUGUAGUACCCAGUGCUUUUGGUAGCCCAAAAUGGACUUCUCUGUCCAGGACCUCCCAAACACUUGGUGAAUUGUAGACUCUGGGCCUUCAGAAUUCACCUCUGAUACAAGAAAUGAAGAUUAGGAUGUUAGUCCCGUAAUUUCAUUUGU